GCGGAACGACGAUCCCCGGCUCUAGUGAAACAGCCGACAGCCACAUCGGUCAAAGUGACAAACGCCAGCAUCGAACGGGGAGAGCAAGGGGAAGUGAUCACGGCAAAAGCGAUCGAAUGACACAUCGCGCGCGGGAAGAUACAUGCGAGAUGCGCGAUGCAGGAACACGGCGUUUCGUCAUGCGUGAUGCCGUGUGGGCUGCGGCAACGACAAGCGAGGGGCUGGCUGCAGAAAGAAUGCGAUAGCCUUAUGAGGGGUGAGAGAGGUGAGGCUUGCGCGCGUGGCAGUACAGACGCUUUACAAGACAAUCGCGUCCAGCGCUCUACAGUAUGAUGAGCCGACGCGCCUG